CUGAUGAACAGGUGCAGUAGGUGUAUAUAAGACCUCAUCAACAUCUCCAAAGCAUCAAUCUACACACAUCUCAACAUGAGGACUGCCGUAGCUGUUGCCUUCUUCGCCCUUCUCUCCGUUGCCUUGGCCGCUUCGGUCCAAGAGAAGAAGUCUGACCAGUCUCAGUACAAGUCAGCUAAGUCUGCAGCUUCUGAAGGUGCCGAGAGUUUGGCUGUGGCUGAUGCUUUUGGAAACAAAUACGUGAAGGCCACCACUGAGCAAGACGCUUCUGCCAGCACCAGGGAAGGUUCAGCUAAGAGCGACAGCUACAAAUACGCUGAUGCUUUCGGCAACAAGGUCCAGGCCAGCAAGACCAAGAAGUCUGUGUCUGCCUCUGACAACACCUCCUCUGCUUCCACCAGCUACGAGGCUAAGGUCGCUGCCCCCAAGCCCUGCGGAUGCUUGUAAAUGUCUGAGAUUGAUCAUUAAAUAACAAAAAAGUACUAAAAA